AUGAACGCCGAUAGCGGCAGCAUCAGCAGGAGCAGCACCGACAGAAGCACCAUCAACGACAGCGGCAGCAUCGACAGAAGCACCACUACCACCAGAAACACCGAUGGUGGCAGCAUCGACGGCGGCAGCACCGACAGUGGCAGUGCCGACGGAAGCACCACCACCGACAGCACCAUCACCCACAGCGGCACCACCGACAGUGGCAGUGCCAAUGGUGGCAGCAUCGACGGAAGCAUCGACAGGAGCAGCAUCAGCAGCGGCAGCACCGACAGAACCACCAUUGACGAUAGCGGCAGCACCGAUAGCAGUUGCACCCAUGAUGGUAGCAUCGAUGGUGGCAGCAUUGGCAGAAGCACUGAUGGCGGUGGCAUUGGCAGCAGCACCGAUGGCGGUAGCAUUAACGGCGGCAGCAUCAACGACCGCAGUAGCAGCACAUAUAGUAGCAGCAUCGACGGCAGCAGCACCGACUGCAGCACCGACAGAAGCAUCGGCCGAAGCACCGACCGAAGCACCAAUGGCGGCAGCGUCAACAGCGUUGGCGUCAACAGCGUUGGCAUCAAUAGAGGCGGCAUAAACAGUGGCAGCAUCAGAAGCGGCAGCGCCGACAGAAGCACCAUCACCGGCAGCGGCAGCACCGACAGCAGUAGCAUCAGCAGCGGCAGCAUCAACAGAAGCACCGACGGCGGCAGCAUCAACAGCGGCAGCAUCAACAGCGGCAGCAUCAACAGCGGCAGCAUCAACAGAAGCACCGACCGAAGCACCAUCACGGACAGCAGCAGCGCCGUCAGCAGCAGUACCAAUGGUGGCAGCAUCAGCAGAAGCACCAACAGCGGCAGCAUCAACAGUCGCAGCAGCAGCACCGAUAGUAGCAGCAUCGAUGGCAGCAGCACCGACGGCAGCAGCACCGAAGGCACCACCACCAACGGCAGCAGCACCGACGGCACCACCACCAACGGCACCACCACCGACAGAAGCGCCGACAGAAGCACCGACAGAAGCACCGCCAACAGCAGAAGCACCCCUGGCGGCAGCAUCGACAGAAGCACCACAGAAGCACCGACGGCACGACCACCGACAAAAGCCCCACCAACACGACCACCGCCGACACCACCAUCACCACCAUCACCACCAUCACCACCAUCACCACCACCACCAUCACCACCACCAACACCACCAACACCAUCAACACCAUCAACACCACCACCAACACCGCCAUCCAUGCCACCACGACACCCCCGUCGCCGGCAGCGGCAGCGGCAGCGCAGGCUGGCGGUCAAGACCGUGACCGUGUCCCGUCCCGAGGUCACAUCCGCCGCCGCGUCCGUCCAUGACCAUCCAUCGCGCCGUCGUCUGCCUUGCCGCAAUCGACCGCCGCACGGGAUGACGCGGAAAGGUCGAGUGCCCAGAGUGCAUGGAAAACCCGACGCCAAACUGUCCUUGAUGGUCGCAGCGGAGUAA